AUGUCAAUAUAUAGGAGGCUGACUUGCCCGAUACCAAACUGCCUGAACAUCGAUGGGCAGGGGGAAGCAGAAAAAUACUCGCCGAAAAAGUGCAAACUGUGUGGCAAAGAAAAUGAAAUGACAUCGGCUGUCAAUCAUAAAGGGGUUUACAGCUCGUUAGACCAGCGGUAUGUUACAUCGCAGCACCGUUCUGUUGAGUUGACUGAACCCGUCCGGGAGACCCUCCACUCCCCCGAUGCUGUCAAGAUACCCGAGCGCUCACGUCUUGCUAUGGUUUCUGAUGGAUGGCCAGUGGCAAACUCGUCGUGGAAGUCAAAGUACAGCGAUGAGCCCAGGGACAAGGGAGUCAAACGUAAGCGUGCUGAACAGAUAUCGCAUUCGGAAGUAACGUCAGAAGAGCAUACCAGUAGCUCUUUUUCCUACACAUCUUCCGCGCAGCUUCAGCAGGCGGAGCCAAAGCAGUUUCCGAUAGCACAACUCAAGAGUAAGCCACUGAAGCUCACGCCGGACCUUCCAGAGCUGUCAGUGAAGAUCGUGAAGCUUUGUCAGAGCUGUGGGAGACAGUGCAACGGCACUUGGAUAAUGGGGUACGACGCGGUGCACUGCAGUGACUUUUGUUUAAAGAUAACAGAAUCGAUGUUGGAAAAAGAGGACGAGAUGAAUAUGAACAACGAGAUGAUGGCAGGCAUGUCAACAGCAGGAAGUUCAGAAUAUGAUCCCGAACACGAGGAUUACAUAUCCAAAACCACAGCGUUCAAACCAACAUGA